GCAGUAAACGGAUUUCAUUCUCAAAGCUCAUGAUUCAGCUUUUAUGACAGCCGCCGACAAAUGGGUUAGUUGUCUUUUAGAAUAGUCAAAAUAAUAGUCAAACUUAUCAGCUGUUCAAGAGUAUUGAGAGUUUCCCUUCAAUAUAUAAACCUCAAACACACCUUCCCCACUUCCUCAUCUUCUUUUACCCAUUACAAACAGCAGAAAACAAAACCCAGAUUUCAUAGUGAUCAGAUCUGUGAGUUAUACCUGUCAGCCGAGCAAUGAAAAGAGAAAGAGAAAGUGUAGAAAUUCAGGGGUUUGACAUUGCUAAAUGUCUAAUGCUGUUAUCUCAGGGCCUGGAGACCACGCCUAAAGAGCAUUCGGUGAGCGAGGUCUUCGAGUGCAAAACUUGUCACCGUUGCUUCCCAUCCUUCCAAGCAUUGGGGGGUCACCGGGCUAGCCACAAGCGACCCAAAUUGAUGGGGGACAAAUCAAAUGAAAAACCACAAUUCCUUUGUUUAUCAACCAAGCCUAGGACUCAUGAGUGCUCCAUCUGCGGCCAAGAGUUUUCAACGGGGCAAGCUCUGGGUGGCCAUAUGAGGAGGCAUCGAGCUACCAUGAACGAAAGCUUCUCGCCCUUUCCACUUGUUCCGACGGUGCCGGUGUUGAAGAGAUCGAAUAGUAGUCGGAGGGUUGUUUGCUUGGACUUGAAUUUGACUCCUUUGGAGAACGAUUUACAAGUUCUAUUUGGCAACAAGGCUCCCAAGGUUGAUCUUUGCAUUUGAUACCAUUAUUCCCAUAAGAAACUCACAAUUUUCUUUUGUUUUGUACAACAUGUGAAAAAUUCUUUUUCUCCCUUUGAUUUGUAUUCUUUCAUGUGUUUGU